AUGGACCUGGACCUGAUGAGUGGGACCAGCCGGAUAUCGGCAAAAGUUCAAGUGCUCCUGAAUGCACUCGAGCAGCGAUCGGUUUUUGCGCAAAUGUAUGCACCAUGUGGCGAGGGCCGACCAUCUUCCGAGUUCCGCCAUUUGUUAAUGGCAGUUGUUCUUCGUGUCGUCGGAUUCGUUUCUUGCGUGCUCCUCCUUCUUCCUAUUCAGUGGCCUCUUGUUAAUUGGAAUAGUUUAUUAUUGAUGCGCGAGCAGCGGUUCUCGAUUUAUGGCCUUUUCGAUGUGGAUAAGGGCCCUCGAAAGUGGGUAAUUAAAGGAUUUUGGACGAAUCUUAGAGUUUAUCGUAAUCUUUACAGUUAGUAUUAUUUCCCUCUUUUCAUUCUAACAUGUAUGUCUUCCGUACCAGACUUUUCUUUUCAUAAUAAGUCUUUUAUUAGUGAAAUGUUCAACUCAAAAGUUUUUUCUUCAUUGUUUUCCUUUCCUGAGAAACUUAUGACUUCCACAAAAAUCGUCUCGUUUCUGUGCGAUAUCCAGGACUUUUCGAAAUUCUUCAAGGUUUUUGUUUCCAGGUGGUGGCUGAAUCGGAUAUGGACGAUUACAGUAUGCCGGGUCCAAGCAGCUCGGAAAUUGGCCAACAAUCGUGGUACCAUGGGCUGGUCACAAGAGUCGGAGCCGAGCAAUCUCUUGGUCACAAUGGAGACUUUUUGGUAGGUUUUGAAGUGAUAAAAAGGAAAAUUUAACAACCAAAUGUGAUUAUUUGAAAACCAUCUCAUAUUGUUUUUCUUUCAUGUUGAUUCGUUAUGAUCAUAUUGCUGAAAAAGACGUCACCAAGCAUUUUGGGUAUACUUUUGAUUACCGUUUCAAACGAGUUUGAUGAUGUUUUCUUUUCGAAAUAAUUCAUCUUCCAUUGAACUGUUUAAAAUUAUUUAACAGAAUUUUUGACUUUUCCGGAGCAAAAUAGGGUAAAAACCCCUUCGUUCCUUUUCAAAGGCGCAUCGAUAUCUUGCCAAAAAGAGUCUUUUCGCCAAUUUUUCACAGCUAACAUAAGGUCAAUGUACUACGCCAACGAAACAGACGGCCCAAGCCGAUGUGAGACAAAAGGCUCAAAUGCCCUGGCUUUUUGGCUGGCCGCCUAAUCCGGCAACUUGUACAUACUAUGUCAGUCAGAACGUCUGUCAACAACAAAGCCAAUCGUUUCGAGCCAAAACAAGGCGAACGGUUCGCGAGUGUUUGUGUGUACUUUUGGCUGACUCACUGUGUUUAUUUGGCCUCCUUACUUGGGUGGCAUCCCCCGCUUCUCGCAUUCCUUUUGAGCCACGGAGUCGGAUUGGGUAAGAGGGAAGACUCACAAUGAAAGAAAAUAUGAGAAGGCAAGUGUUAGGGAAAAAUGAGAAGGUAGAUUUCAGCAUGGUAAAAUAUUCUCACAAAGUCAUUAUAUUGAGAUAAUUUUUUCAGGUCCGUGAUUCGAUUUCGAAGACCGGAGAAUUUGUACUGACAGCCAUGUGGAAAGACAGAGCCCUCCAUUUCCAAGUGAAUGCGUCGAUGGAGAGCAGCAAGAAAAUGUAUCAUGUGAGUGAAAACAUUUUGAAAAAACGAACGCAGAGGGAAACGAAAAGCUCCUGGAAGUGCAAAAAAAGUUGAGCUACUGUGAAAAUAUAGUGGCCACUAUAGGGUUUUGACCUUUCAGGGACCUCUGUAGUAGUUAAAUUAGUGACCACUUGAGGGGUUAAAACUUAGUAAUCACUAUAGAGGUCUAAGUGUUUCUACUAAACUAUUAAAAUUUUUAGUGGCAACUUCAGGGGUCAAUGGAUCAACAUAACCGGUCCAAUUUGUGUAUUUAAAAUUAUCAAAGUUACUGGAAAUAGUACUGGAUGAAAAACUACUGAAGUGGCCACUGAAACGGAAAAUAGUAGCCACUAUAGAGGUGGGUUUAGUGUCCUCUCCAAGUAGUCCCUGACGAGCCUCUAUAGUGGCCACUAAAACUUUUUCCAAUACUGGCUAAGUAUUUCCACGUUUCUCGGGAAGUCCUAGUACUAUUGGCUUUCAUCGAGACCACAAGGCUACACAAGAUAUCUGAAAAAGUCUUCAGAAACUAUCCGAACAACUUGAAAAACCCAAUAAAAACCCCAUAAUGCCAGCCGCAGCAACUUGACCUCGAAAAGUAGCCGCUUGAGUGAACUUCUAGGAUGUUUCGGUGUUGGUGUGCAAAAGCGUCAAAAUCGCAGGUGUCAUGGCUCCCAUAAUUCUGGGUUUUCGGCGUUGGCUUGAGGGCACUGUAAUUACGGCGUGUCGGUAAUGGAAAUGGCUGGCGGGGGGUUGAUUGACAGAAACACGUCGGAUGUGACAGAUGGGUGUUGUAAGGUAACGGGAUAUGCUAAAUGCUUUUCUCAUUUCUCAUCCAGCGCAACGGAUAUGUUUUUUUGGAGAUAAAUGGAUUGGGGUCUUGGAAGAGCAAGAAGAAGAGGAGAAAAAUAGAGUUUUUUAAUUUUUGAAGAAAAAAAGGAGAAAAAUGAAUGAUCCUCAAAAAAGUAUUAGCAGAUCUACAUUUUUCCGAGGAUAAACCUGAAAAACCAAUUUAGAUUUAUCACUAAUAAACUUCUGAAAACUUUUUGAAAGCACCUUUUCAGAAAUUCUUGCCUAGAAAGGCCUAUAACUGGAGCUCCAUAAUCUGAAAACCUCAAUCAAAUCUGAAAAGAUCAGAUUUUUCAAAAUCACACCUCGUUUGAAAAAAAAUUUAGCUUUUUUGAGUCAAAACUCUUUUCAUUUAUUUUGAAUUUACACGAAAGAAAGAGAAUUUUUAAAUCUGACUGUUCUGAUGAAAUCUUCUCAGAAUAUAGAAACUUUUUAACUAAACAAAGUUUUUCUUUUCAGUUCGAAGAAGAAUCAUUCAACACUGUUGUGGACCUCGUCAACUUCUACUUUGUUCAUCGACGUCCAGUGACCUUGGCAAGUGGCUGUGUCCUCCUCCAGCCAGUUCCCAAGUUCAGUCAUAAAGUGGUACGAGGAAAACUUCAGAAAAUGAACCUAAAAACAAAUUCAGGACGAAAACAGCCCUGAAAAGGAGUCCAACUACAUGAGGUUCUUCAACUUCAAUCAGCGAAGUUGGUGAAAAUAGAAGGAAUUUGAUUUAACUUUUAUUUUUAGAAGAACAAGAGAGACCUCUGGAUCAACAAGUGAGGUUGAACAACGCGACUCGAUUUGUGCGAUCCUCGUCUUCGGGAUAUAGCAAGUAAGUUCUGGAAUAACAAGGGGAAUGCGGAAAAAUUUUAGCAAGAUCAUGAUGAGCAAAUCGCAGGAAAUUAUUAGGUCAUUGACAUCUGAGAAAAAGAUACCAAAUAAAGAAAUGAAUUUCUUGAAUCUCUUAGUUAAUUGGUCGAGAAAAAAAUGAGCUUUAUACGCAAGUUUUAAAAGGAUUAGAAAGAAUAAUCUUAAAGCUUUUUUUUUUCUUAAAAUUCAUUUUGAAACCCUUACUGCAGGCUUUCUGGCUCCUUUGAGCUGUCUCUUGCCUUCAUUUCAAUAUUUUCGUAUCUUCUUCUCUUCUUCUCUUUUAUCAAUUCGGAUCAUUUUCCAAUCAAAAUGACGGAAACCAUUUUCAAAAUUGAAAGAACAUGUUCAAACGCCAUCAUUUCCAGUCCACGGGGCUACAUUCCGCCGCUGCCAGAGUCCUUACGUCGUCUUCCCCUUCCAGUGCCGAACGAAGCUCCAAAAAUGGCGGCGUUCUCGCAUUCCAACAAGGAUUACAGCGAAGACGUAAUUAAUCAGCAGUCUGAAUUUCUAGUAAUCCGCUCGUUUCAGUACUGCGACAUGGAUUAUGACGAGAUGGAUUGUGUCGAGUCAAAGAUGCAAACCUCGUUCUCGAGUUUGGCGUCGAAGUGGAAGAACAACAACGAUUCGAACAGGGAUUUGGCGCCAUUUAGAAGACCAAGCGAGCUGCAAAAAAAGUAAAGCUGUUUUUUUAUUGAACUUUUUAUGAAUUUUGAAGAAAAAAUGACUUAAAUUGCCUGAAUAAAUGUCCUGGAAAUAUCAAAGUCGAAGGAAAUAUAUUGAGUAAGCACAUAAAUAUUUUAUUUUUUUCUCGAAGUCAAGACCUUUUUACUUAUGAAAAAGUCUUUGAAAUCAAUUUUUUUCAAAUAUAUUUUUACUAUACCUAUCUUAAAAUAUCCUCUCCACAAUUCCUAUUUUUUACAGCUCAAUCCGUCGAUGUCCUCUGCGAAGUAUUCCCUUCUCCAACCAAGAAACUCAACCCAACUUCCAGUUUAUCGAGAAUGUUCGCGCAGAACCUGUCAAUGUCUGACUACUCAGUGAGUUCCUUUCAUUGUGAGAAUCUCAAUUAGCAAGUAAAUUUUCAGAUCCCUCACUCCUUUGAGGCUCUUGACGCUAGAGGACCAUCCGAGCAGGACUUGACUAAUGAAGAUUAUGCGGUAAGAGAAUAUAAUUUCAAAAAUGUACAUCAUAAAUUUUCUACAGAUUCCGAAAGCCGAGCUCUGGGAGCCGAACCGAAUGAGCAAAGAAAGUCUUGAAACUAUCAGCGGAAGCCCCGAUUCGAAGAGCCCAUACAACAGUUGUCGGAGCUCGAGGGACACGGAUAUAUGGUGAGGAGCUGAAAAAAUAAGAAAUUGAGAGAAUGGUUCUAAAAAACUUUGAUGAUAACUUGAUUCUCAAGCAAGUGGUAACAGUUUGAGCGUGGUUGAACAAAAUAUUGAAUCAUAAAUUGGAAAAAAAUUAAAAGCUGAUAAGCAAAAAAGUUCUGAAUUUUCAGCUCAAAACUGUUUUUAGAGCGUUCUCAUAGUUCAGAGGGGUAUCCCAUCAAAAAAAAAUACAUAUGUUCCAGGAGUUUGGCCAACGAGGAGCCACCAAAGCAUAAAAACAACGAGGAUCCAGACGACGAUGAUAAUCGCAGAGAUUCUGGCAUCGGGUUGGUUUUUUUUUUCAAACUUUAUCUCAAUUUUCACGCGAAAUCUUGGAUUUAUAUUUUUCAAGCUUUUAAACAAGCUUCUGGGCCAACGAAUCAAAAUUUUCCGACGAUUUCUAUUUUUCACAAUCAAUAACAGUCCAAUUAUUUUAUAAAGCCCUUCAAAGAUAGGCAAAGACUUUUUGACAAUAUUCCUAAAUGUUACGAAAAAAAAGUUUUUCCAGCUCGAUCUCGCCUUCCCCUCGUGACAGUGUCUCCUUUGAAAAAACUGUGCUUCAAAACUUCCUGAGAGAUUCAACAGCCGGUGAAAUUGCAAGAUAUCUCACAGCCGAAGACGGCAAAGUAUUCAAUAUGUGGAGAGAAAAGGUACCAAGUAGCCUAUUUUUUUUGGUUUUCAAUGGCUUUUCAGCGUUCGUGGGCUCGUGACCGAAUUGGAGAUUUUGAAGCCAAGCCUAGAAAUGGAUUGCACUAUGUCCUGCUUCCCAUGGCCGCAGAACUGCGUAAAAGUUUGAUUGAAAGGUUUUUCUGUAAAUUUGAUGAGUUUGAAGAGAGAAAUUGCAGAAGCCGAAUUGUCGCGCUGACAGUUUUGUCUUCGAUUGUCAUCUAUCGAGAUGCGACAGUUGCGGGAAAGUGGAUUAUGAUUGCCGAACAAUUGUAUGCUCACGGGAACCAUUUCGGAUUCGCCAACGUUAUGCAGGCUCUCACUGACUCAAUGGUUUGCUCAAAGGGAUUUUCAGAAGGAAGAAAUUGAAAUGAGAAAAAGCAGUCUAUGAGAAACAAAAAUUUCAGACUUUUUCGAAGUUUUUUCCGGAGUCACAUUCAGGCUUUUGAGAAGUAAUUUUCAUUAUGGUGUUUUUUAAACCUCUCCCAAAGUGGUUUGAGUUGAGUUUCGAAAAGCUUCUAAUUUGAGAAAAGAAAUUUGUAGGGCCUGUUUAUAGGUGUGGGCAAUGAAAGUUUGAAAAUAAAGCGAAAAAAAUUUCACGAAGCUAGUUUUUCUUCUUCUUCGUUCAUUGUUUCCAAAAAGGGUAGGACAUUCCUAUUUUGGACUUUUAGGCAAAUCUAAGUACACACGAGUACACAAUAGCCUGUGGAACAAGAAUUUCAUUUUCCUCACAUUCCCCUUGACGAUCUAGACAAAUUUCGAGGUGAAAAGCCUUGUUCCGGAAAUUUCACUUUUUUUAUGUUUCAUUGAAGAGUUUUUGGAAAUUUCUACCUUUACCAUUCAGAUCGCUCAAUGCUCCUUCAUCUGGAAAGACCUCUGGGGCUCUGAAAGAUCCACUUUUGAAACACUGAAAAGGACGUUUGAAAGGAUGCGAGACGGGAGCGACAGGACCAUUUCCUCGCACAUUUCUCUUCCCUUCGUCCAGCCGGUUUUGGAAUGUCUCUCUUCAUCGGACGAGAAAUUCCUGGAUUUCUACGCUUAUGCAGAUUCUAAUGGUAAACCUUACUUCUUUUUCAACUUCAGAGUUUCUGGUUCCAGAUGACGUCCAAAGAAUCCUCUCCGACGCCAGGAAAUUCGCUACUCAAGCUCAAAAUUAUGAGAACCAGUUCACUUCUUAUAUCAAAAAGGAAAUGCAGAAUAAGGAUAAUCCUCUGUGUUCUUCUCGUCUUCGAGUCCUUGUCCUCGAUUCUUUUAAAGAUUCCUCUUGUCCGUAUAGAGACGCCUCUAAUUUCAUCCAAAAACAUCUUUGA